UCCUGAGCGCGCUCGUGCCCAGGUCUGGACUGCGACAUCGACGUUCCCAAGACGAUCCAGCUGGUGCGGCGGCAGCGCUCGGGGAUGGUGCAGACCGAGGCGCAGUACAAGUUCGUGUACCUGGCGCUGCAGCGGUACAUCCAGGGCGAGCAGCUGCGUCUGCGCGAGCAGCGCGAGCCGCGGGAGGAGCGCGACUAUCUGGACGUGGGCAUCGGGUCGGCGGACCCCGGCCGCAACGCUGGACCCCUGUCGUCUCGGGCGCCGGCGGCGACCCCGGAGGCCCCCGGCGGCGAGUACGAGAACCUGCGGCGCCUCGCGCGGUGAGGGGGCUCCGCGUGCGCGCGCCCCGGGUGGGGCCGGAGCCGCACUGGAGGCUGGGAGCCCGCAAGGCGGGCCGUGGCGUUCCUCAGGACUGUGUUUAGGACCUACAGGCUGGAGCUUGUCCCUGAGUGCCGGGGGAGGGGUCCCUCCUGACCUGGCCUGGACGCCUAGAAAUGGGGAGGGGCAGUCGGGAGACCCUAGUGCCCCUGCCCCUUCUGGGGCUCCCAGGUGAGGGAGGAGCGGGAAGGCAGGGCUUCAGGGCUGGGGUUUGUCUCUCGGUAUGGGAGGCCACCAGUCAUGGCCUGCACGACACAGUGACCACGUGUGUCAUGAGUGGCCAGUCUGUGCUUGACCUGACUGUAGCCACCAUCAGUGUUUGCCUGCCCCACCCCCAUCCUAAGCACCCACCCCUGCUUCGGAGCUGCCCACAGCGCAGGUGCAUGUGAGAUGCUCCUGCGAGCACGUGUGCGACCCCGUGUGCCUGGGUGAGGCUCACGUGUGCGCAUGACUGGUGUGUGACGGGUGUUCCGUCAGUGGCAUGUAGUCUGUGCCCCUCCCAUCGCGGAUGGCCCUGUGGCUUUGUGGUACCUUCAAUAAAAUGACUCGUUUUCA